AGGGCAGGGGCGGGACCAGCCCUCCCCCUCCCCCAGGGGGUCUCCCCGCCCCUUCGGGCUCAGCCAAGCGGAGGUGAAACCUGAACCCAGGUUGGGGGCGGGGCUGGCUCCUGCUCAGACGGGGCAGGACUGCGCCUCCACCUCCCCUUUCCCUGCACCCCAGCUGGCUACUGAAAGAGUAAGGUCGGGGCCCGCAAACUGCUGGAGCAGGGCCUGCAAUGGAGCCCAUAGCUCGAGGUCGCGCCCCACCCUGAGCACCCCCCGGAGGUGGCCAUGCUGCCCCGAGGGCGCCCCCGGGCGCUGGGGGCCGCAGCACUGCUGCUGCUGCUGUUUCUGAUCGGUUUCUUCCUGUUCGGCGGGGACCUGGACUGUGAGCGCAGCCAGCAGGGAGGCGAGUGGUGGGGUGGAGGGGUGGCGGGAUCCUUACCCUACUCGCUAACGCCACGUGUACCUCCAGAUGGGCGGCCACGGCCGCGGGGGGCUGCUGCCCUCGACGGAGACCUGCCGGCGGGCUACGGGGGCCACAACAGCUCAGAUUGCGAUCCCCCGCGGCCGCGGCCGCGGCCGCCCAAAUGUGAGCUCUUGCAGGUGGCCAUCGUGUGUGCAGGUCAUAACUCCAGCAGAGACAUCAUUACCCUGGUGAAGUCCAUGCUCUUCUACAGGAAAAAUCCACUGCACCUCCACUUGGUGACUGAUGCCGUGGCCAGAAACAUCCUGGAGACGCUCUUUCACACAUGGAUGGUGCCCGCUGUCUGGGUCAGCUUCUACAAUGCUGAUGAGCUCAAGCCCCAGGUCUCCUGGAUCCCCAACAAGCACUACUCUGGCCUCUAUGGGCUAAUGAAGCUAGUGCUGCCCGGUGUCCUGCCCCCUGACCUGGUCCGUGUCAUUGUCCUGGACACAGAUGUCACCUUCGCCUCCAACAUUGCAGAGCUCUGGGCACUCUUUGCUUACUUUUCUGACAAGCAAGUGAUCGGUCUCGUGGAGAACCAGAGUGACUGGUACUUCGGCAACCUCUGGAGGAACCACAGGCCCUGGCCUGCCUUGGGCCGGGGAUUUAACACAGGUGUGAUCCUCCUGCGGCUGGACCGCCUUCGGCAGGCUGGCUGGGAGCAGAUGUGGAAGAUGACGGCCACACGGGAGCUUCUCACCCUACCCGCCACCUCACUGGCUGACCAGGACAUCUUCAAUGCCGUAAUCAAAGAGCACCCGUGGCUGGUGCAGCCCCUGCCCUGCGUCUGGAACGUGCAGCUGUCAGACCACACACUGGCUGAGCGCUGCUACUCAGAGGCAUCUGACCUCAAGGUGAUCCACUGGAACUCACCAAAGAAGCUCCGCGUGAAGAACAAGCACGUGGAAUCCUUCCGCAACCUCUACCUGACCUUCCUGGAGUACGAUGGGAACCUGCUGCGGAGAGAGCUCUUUGGGUGCCCCUGCCCACUGCCUCCUGGGGCCAAGCAGUUGCAGCGGGCCCUGGCACGACUGGAUGAGGAGGAUGCCUGCUUUGAGUUCCGGCAGCAGCAGCUCACUGUGCACCGUGUGCAUAUCACCUUCCUGCCCCAUAAGCCACCCCCCUCCCAGCCCCAUGAUGUCACCUUGGUGGCCCAGCUCUCCAUGGACCGGCUGCAGAUGCUGGAAGCCCUGUGCAGGCACUGGCCGGGCCCCAUGAGCCUGGCCUUAUACCUGACAGACGCAGAGGCCCAGCAGUUCCUGCGUUUCGUCGAGACUUCGGCAGUGCUCUCCGCCCGGCAGGAUGUGGCCUACCACGUGGUGUACCGUGAAGGGCCCUUCUACCCCAUCAACCAGCUUCGCAACGUGGCCUUGGCCCAGGCCCUCACACCUUACGUCUUCCUCAGCGACAUUGACUUCCUGCCUGCCUACUCCCUCUACGACUACCUCAGGGCCUCCAUCAAGCAGCUGGAGCUGGAUGGUGGGCGGAAGGCGGCUCUGGUGGUGCCAGCAUUCGAGACCCUGCACUACCGCUUCAGCUUCCCCACUUCCAAGGCCGAACUGCUGGCCCUGCUGGACGCUGGGUCUCUCCAUACUUUCAGGUACCACGAGUGGCCCCGGGGUCACGCACCCACAGACUAUGCCCACUGGCGGGAGGCUCAGGAGCCAUACCGCGUGCAGUGGGCAGCCGACUACGAGCCCUAUGUGGUGGUGCCACGUGACUGUCCCCGCUAUGAUUCCCGCUUUGUGGGCUUUGGCUGGAACAAGGUGGCCCACAUCAUGGAGCUGGAUGCACAGGAAUACGAGCUCCUGGUGCUGCCCGAGGCCUUCAUCAUUCACCUGCCCCACGCUCCAAGCCUUGACAUCUCUCGCUUCCGCUCCAGCCCCACCUAUCGUGACUGCCUCCAGGCCCUCAAGGAUGAGUUCCACCAGGACUUGUCCCGCAGCUAUGGGGCUGCUGCCCUCAAAUACCUCACUGCCCUGCAGCAGCCCCGAGGCCCCGUCUGACCUCACCCCUGCCCUUGGCUCUCACACACUCCCUGCAGACACUGGAGCAACCUGCCAGCACCCUACCCUCCCUGCUAUUUAAAUUAUUUAAGGUCUUUGUGGGAAGGGUUGUGAUGGAGCAUCUGUGGGGUGGGUCUGGGGCCCCCCUUGGCUGCUGUUCUAUGGCUGGGACUAUGCUGUAGUGUUGCUCUGCCCCAGCUGGCUUGGGGCUGAUUCCUGUUUCCUCAAUUCUAACACCCUUUUUUCGUAAGUAAGUGUUAAUGGCUCCUUUUCAUGUUCCUCCUGGUCUGGGGCAUGAGGGCGUUAGUGGGCUCGAGGAGGUGCUGAAUCUGGCCAGACCCUCCCAAGGAGGCCGGGACUGGAGUGUGUCUUGUCUACCCUCCCCUGCCCCAAACCCAAAACCAUGAGUCUGAGAGACUUUAUUUGGCUUUAUUUAGUAAAAUGUUAAAAUAAAUAAAUACAAAUUGA